UUGUUGGAUCUCAAACUCCAAUUAUGGUUAAAAAUAUUACUCAUGCUUUGGAUGAUAGGAUCGAAGAAAUGGACAGAACGUACCAGAAAGUACUUGGAAAUCUUGCUGCAAACUUUGCAUGUGCGACCCUUAAAGUAAAAUCAAGAUACUUCCAUCGAAUUGGUGCAGCUGGGAGGGGAACUUUAAGGCUCUAUGAAAAUAUACCCAGAUUUCCCGACCACCAUAUAUUCUCAUCCGGAAAGUGCUAUCCAGUCAUUAUUCGCCACAGCAAUUGCUUAAGUUCAGAUGAUGAUGCAAGACUCGAUCCACGUGGAGCAGCAAUAAGAAUACUUACAGAUGAGGCUGAAAGUAAUACUUCAUUGCUUGAUUUGACAUUAAAAACGGGUAAAGCGUUUCAUGCUCGUACUAUUGGUGACUUCGCUACAUGGCUUGUUUGUGGGGCUGCAGCACAAGAAGAGAUGGUGAAACAUGCUCCUCAUGUAAGGGAAGCUAUGUGGGACUCACUAAGAAAAGCUGAUUCAUAUGCUGAACUGCAUUACUAUUCAAACAUUUGUAGGCUGUUUAGAUUCAAAGAUGGAAACGAAAUGUAUGUGAAAUUCAAGUUGAGGCCAUUUGAUGAGAUGAUCAAUGAAGAUUCUGGUAAGGUGGAGCCCACAGGUAUACUCCCUCCUGAAACAGGUGCUAUGCCAAGAGACGAGAAUGACACACGCCCACUUCUUUUUCUUAAUGAUGAUUUCAAAAGACGUGUAAAUUCUCCUCAAAAUCUCCGUUAUGUGCUUCAGCUGCAGCUCCGUUCAGUCCCAACAGAUGAAUAUGAACGCGAGGCGGCACUUGACUGUACCAAACCAUGGGAUGAAAAAGAAUUCCCAUACAUUGAGGUGGGAGAAAUAACGAUUGACCAAGUACUCACCAAUGAAGAAUCUGCUAGUUUGGAGUUCAACCCAUUUCUAAGAUGUCACGAAGUGGAUGUUAUUCGGGCAACAUCAUGCUCCCAGAGUGCAUCAUUGGAUCACGGCAGAUCAGUCGUCUAUUCCAUCUGCCAACAUCUACGCAACAACAAGCCGCUGCCUGAGGCUUGGAAGAACUUCCUGGAUCAUUCUGAUGUAAAGGUUGAUCUUACUGGUUGCCCGAUGGCAAAGGUAAUCGAAAAGAAAGAUACUCAAAGAGUGACAUUGGCAAGACCAUGGUACCACAACUUAUGGAUGAUUACUGAAGCGGGUUUUGUGGGUAGUCGAGCUGUGGCUAUGCCUGGAGUCAUUGUGCAAAAGGAAGGAAGUCUUUCUGCUCUUACACUUGCUAUGAAGGAGGAAAUUGUCAACUAAACGUUCUGCAUAGAUAUAUUCUUAAGUUAUACGGUUUCUACAUAUGUAUACACUAUAUCCUAUC